AUUAUGGUGAGCGCAUUUUAUGACGGUCCCUUUAAACCGGCUGCUCCUCAAACAUGGCCGACAGUUGACAGGGGACGCUCGGGACUUUUCCCCUUAGCUUUCUUUUCUGACAAGUUCCGUAAAAGUUUUAAAGGCGACUCUCUAUCCGUAGUUAGCGAUUAACAUGAGGGUAGCCGUUGCGAACUUGGCAACACUGUAGAAAAAUGGUUUAGUUUUAUUUUUUUUGUCAUUCGCGUUUAAAAUGUACAGUUCGACGCCGGACAACGGUCUGAUGCGCUCUGAGGAAUGUUCUGGCAGCGCUAGCAACCUGUUGGUCCACCGGAACCUCAGUUCUGUCCGGAGACACCAGGUUGAGAGCAGCAUUAGCUUGUUAAGUUUGACGAGCGAAGAGGACGAAGACGUCCAGUUUGACACUUCAGAUUCGGAGAGUAACUGUGAACUCCUGAUGGCUGGCAGACAUUACCCAUCCAUCCAAGAGUUUGCCUCAGCGAUCCCCAAUCACCUUCUCCUCGGCUCGCUGCUGGAACACCUGUGCUGCGUCUACGAGAGCAAUCCGGCGCGCUCGCGGAUGCUGUUCAAAUUGAUCGGCCAGCGUUUGGCAGCCUUGAAUCUUCUGUCACCUUUGGCUAUCAGUGAUGAAUUCAGCACCAUUAGACUCCAGCACAACCGAGCGUUCACUGAGCUACUUAACGCCGCUAGCACCUCGCUCUAUCCACAGGGCCAACAAUGUCUUGGCACAAAUCCACAUAACCCAGCUGUAAGGCCAAAGGAGGGGCUGUUUCAAGCCCAGACUUCACGCUAUCUUAGUGAGUUUGAAGAAAUAUGUCGGCUUGGAAAAGGAUCAUACGGAAAUGUUUUUAAGGUUGUGAACAAACUAGAUGGCCAGAGUUAUGCUGUGAAGAAAAUUCUCAUCAAAAGAGUCUCCAAAGAGGACUGCAUGAAGGUCCUUAGAGAAGUCAAAGUGUUAUCCAGCUUGCAGCAUGUAAACAUCGUGGGCUAUCACACUGCAUGGAUGGAACAUGUUCAGCCAGCCGUCCAUCCUGAGUCCCACCUUCCUGCUCUGGAAUCUCCUGGACAAAAAGAUGGUUUCGAUGACAGCCUUGACAACAGUAGCAGCAGCAGCUCUUCUAUAGUUUUCCAAAGUCAAGGAGAGACUAGUGCUACUUCCAGUGCUAAAGUACCUCCAACAAAGAGCCAGCCAAUCAGAGCUUUAGUCUCAGCCCAGGACCACCAGGUGGUGUGUCCCAAGACAGUGCGCCGCCUCCCGGAGAAUUACGUUCCCUGUGUGUUCCUGGGACAGGGGGAGCCCAGGAAUGGCUCCAAGUGUCCUGCCAUGGGUUGGGAUCAGUCGGCCAUGUUGGACGAGGACUCGAGCAGGGGCAGCGUUGAGCUGAACAACAACUCCUGUGUUGACAAGGACCAUCAGCAGUGGGCUGAGAUCCACACCAGAAGAUCCUCUAAAGAUGUUCAGUUCCACCUGAUGCUGUACAUCCAGAUGCAGUUGUGUGAGCGCUCACUAAAGGACUGGAUUUCUGACAGGAACUCCAGGCCACAAGAGGAACACAUUCCGAGAUCUCCUUAUGACUGUGUUGAUGCUGAACUCACACUGAACCUGCUGAGGAACAUUCUUCAAGGGGUCGAAUACAUUCACUCCAGAGGAAUAAUGCACCGAGACUUGAAGCCCAGAAACAUUUUCCUCCACGGUCAUGAAUGUCAUGUUCGGAUCGGAGACUUUGGGUUGGCAUGCAGGGAUAUGAUAGUAGAUGACCAUAAAAGAACAAUUUCUCCUGGUGAUGGUUCCGCCCAUACAUCAGGUGUCGGCACUUUUGUGUACGCUGCACCAGAACAACUGAAAGGCUCUCAUUAUGAUUCAAAGUCAGACAUGUACAGCAUUGGGGUUUUGGCCCUGGAGCUGUUCCAUCCGUUUGGGACAGAGAUGGAGCGGGUCCGGACCCUCGGGGAUCUGAGAGAAGGGAAAAUUCCAGACUCCUUCUGCCACAGAUGGCCAGUUCUGACUAAAUACAUUGUAAACCUGACGAGCAAAGACCCCAGCCUUCGGCCAGCAGCCAGCCAGCUGCUAGAGAGUGAACUGUUCCACAAUAAAGACAUGGUAGUCAUCCACGGUUUACAGAAAAGAGUGGAAGAGCAGGAGGAGGAGAUCAUGCAGCUGAGGAGACAGAUCAGUCAGCUUCAGAACUCAAAAGUCACUGUUGGCUUCACUGAACUGGACAAAACCUGAACCUCAAAAGCAUCAACAGAUUGUCUGAACUUAAUUUAUUGAGCCCCUAAUUUACUUGGUUUGACUUGAUACAAAUGCCUGCAUGUGUGAACAUUUAAGUGUCUUGUCCUAGAGAUGGUAGUGUUCUAUUUCUCUCUCUCUUUUUAAACAUUUGUUUUAUCCAGCUGCUAAAUAAACCAUCUCAUGUAUUUC